AUGGCAGGGACCGGCGCAGGACCUUCGAGGAGAAGCCAUACCAAAAGUCGGAAAGGCUGCAAGACCUGCAAGCGAAGACACAUUAGAUGCGACGAGACAUAUCCACAAUGCCGCAACUGCACAAAGCACCAGGUCAGAUGCGAUUAUAUGGAAGGUGUUGGAUCGGACACGGAGAGCCAGCAGAGCCCUGAGCAGUCCUCCCUGACUCUUACACCUGGAACCGAGUCGCGCGUCAAUCUGUGGCAGCAGACUGGCAACUUUCCGUACCCGGAGCUCCAGGUCUUUCCAGCGCCUCUGGCACACGAACUCUCAAAGACAGAGCUCACACUGAUACAUCACUUGUCCACCAUCUCUAACGACUUGCUCCUGAAAGGGACAACUCACCUGACAACCUGGACGCAAAAGAUGCCAAAGUUCCUGAGCAUAGCGUCAUCAUAUCCAUACGUGAUGCACGCACUCCUCUCGUUCUCUGCAAACCAUCUGGCAUGGGUAAAUUCGUCCACGGAAACACGAAACCUACAUCUACAUCACGGUAGCAUCGCACUGCGAGGCUUACAUGACGCGAUCGGCAACUUUUCGCCGGCGAAUGCCGAUGCGAUCCUGGCCGCGUCGCUGCUACUACUAUGGCAGGCCACAGACUGGCGUAGCUGGUCGUCCUUGCGUGCGGGAAUACAGUCGGUUCUUUCUGCAAUGCAAACGUGGCAGCACGAAUCCAUCUUCACCGAGUUUGUUGCAAGCGAGGACGUCCUUGCAAUCGCUUUCCGCGUCCACCAGAGGAGACCAUCGGUCAACCCGAGCGAUAGAGUAAUCAUUCUACAGAACACUGCAUUCGCACUACAAAGACUGCAGGCAACCCUAGUUGGAAACGACAUUGAACUUCACUACACGGGUCAGCUUCUCAUCUACAUCCAACAGUUGCAAAACACCGAACCUGCUCAAUCACCCGACGACCAAUUCAACUAUCUCUAUCAACUGAGGAAGUGGCUCUUCUGGAUACCUGUGGCUUUACUGCAGCGCCAAAGUGGACAAGGCCCAGGACUCUUGACUCUGGCACACUUUUAUGCGGCAGCGCUGUCUCUCGAGCCACUAUUUCCAGAUCUUGGCUCAUCAUUCUGCGCGGCCACAGCACUGCCACCUCUCGAAGCUAUCAUUAGUGUCACGAACGCCAUGCAGUCCGAACACGGCGCGAGUACGUCAGCAAGAGAGAUAGCGUCGUCAAUGCAAUAUCCAACACAGACGGCAAUGGAAUACAGAGCGCGUGUGGUGCACUUACCAAGCACGCCAAUACAGUCGGCACAAGCGGCCAUGGGCUUGACUCCCGAAAUGGUGAACUACAAUAGCAUGGGAAAUCUGAGUCCAGCAUUUGCGCCCAUCGUACCGCAUUUCCUGCCCAGUCAGCCGUCGUCAGCAUCCGCGACACCUUUCCUGGAGGUCCCCACAGAUCAGUCGUUCACAUUCGGCACGCAGAAUUGGGGCGCAGUGCCAUCGCCUCGAUUCCCACCUCAGUACGGCUAUGGCAGUCCGGAAGAGCAGACAUACGGGUUCACCGGGUUCGUACAGCCGACUGCGGUUUGGACAUAA